CCUCAAAUGAAAGUUCUUUUCUACUAGUGUGUUUCACUUCUUUACACGUGUUUUGAAAUGGCCCCGACUAAGGAGAAGGCCCCAACUAAGGCAAAGGCCGCCGCGGCCCCGAAAGGUGACAAGAAAGCCAAAAGGACAACCCGUCUGAAGAACCCACUGCUUGCCGAUGGAGUGCGUCGUUAUGCCAAGGGAAAGCUGGUGCAGCGCAAGAAGCUGUACUCCCUGAAGCACCUGAAAAAUGUUCGCGUCGAGAAGCCCAAAGUCGCCAUUACUGUUGUGAAGAAAAUUGGCGGAGCAAAGAACGGUGGUGAACGUAAAGUGCUGCUGAAGAAGAGCAAGAGUUACCUGCCAACCAAGCCGCUGAUCCGCAAACGCACCGGUAAACGUUGCUUCCGUAACCACAAGCGUAACACCCGUAAGACUCUGAAAAGUGGCAAAGUUUUGAUUCUGCUGGCCGGUCGUCAUAAGGGAAAGCGAGUUGUGCUGCUGAAGACCCUCAAGUCUGGCCUGCUGCUAAUUAGCGGUCCAUUCGCCCUGAACAGCUGCCCCCUUCGUCGCAUUUCGCAGAACUACGUUAUUGCAACCAAGACUCGCCUCAACCUGAAGAGUGUCAAGGUUCCGAAGCACAUCAAUGACGGCUACUUCCGUCGUGCUGCCAAGAAGAAGAACACCCGCACUGAGCGGGAUAUCUUCGCGGAGAAGGCAGAGAAGUACGUUCCAUCUGAACAGCGCAAGGCUGACCAGAAGACCAUCGACGAAGCCUUGCUGAAGGCCAUCAAUGCCCACCCAGAGGCAAAGAUUGUUCGGCGCUAUCUGAAAUCGAUGUUCUCGCUCAGAACGAACCAGUACCCACAUCGUAUGCAGUUCUAAGUGGAGUGGCCUGUUAUUCCAGUACGGUUGGCCGUUGGCAGAUCGAAGAACAUCGUUUUUAAGGUUUAAUUAUUAGAAAUGUCACCAGAAGGGUUAACAAACACAGAAAUACAUUUGAAGAUUGCAUCUUUAAAAUGAGAA